GUCAUUGAAAUUGGAAAGCCAAUUGUGUCUGCGUUGAGCAUCAAUGGCGGAAAGGGAAGGAAAAAAAGAGAUAGUGCUAUUCCCAUUCAUGGCCCAAGGGCACAUAAUCCCCUUCCUAGCCCUAGCCCUCCAACUAGAACAAACAAGAAACUACUCCAUCACCAUAGUCAACACCUCCCUCAACAUCACAAAACUCAAAUCCUCUCUCCCACCAAACUCCUCCAUCACCCUCCUCACCAUCCCCUUCAACCCCUCCGACCACAACCUCCCCCCCAACACCCAAAACACCGACACCAUCCCCUACCACCUCGUCAUUCGCCUCAUCCAAGCCUCCACCACCCUCAUCACCCCCUUCAAAACCCUCCUCCGAAACACCUUCUCCCAUAAAUCCAAACUUUGCAUCAUCGCCGACAUCUUCUUCGGCUGGACCGCCGCCGUCGCCAAGGACCUCGCCGCCUUCCACGUCAUCUUCAGCGGCUGCGGCGCCUACGGCCUCGCCUGUUACCACUCCCUCUGGCUCAACCUCCCCCACCAGACCUCACGCGCCGACGAAUUCGCCCUCCCCGAUUUCCCCCAAGCGCGUAAGAUACACCGCACGCAGUUACCCACCAACAUUUCCGAAGCAGAUGGCACCGACGCCUGGUCAAUCUUCCAAAGAUACAAUUUUUCCUUCUGGGUCGAUUCCGACGGGGUUAUAUUCAACACGGUGGAGUCCCUCGACUCGGUUGGCCUUAACUACUUCAGGCAGAAACUGGGCCGGCCCGCUUGGGCUGUCGGCCCGAUCCUGUUAUCCACCGGAGCUAAUUCUCGCGGGAAAGGCGGCGGGAUAAACCCUGAUUUAUGUAACCAAUGGCUGAACCGGAAACCCUCUAAAUCGGUUUUGUUUGUGUGCUUUGGAUCGAUGAAUACUUUAUCUGCUUCGCAGAUGAUGGAGUUGGCGAAAGCGUUGGAGCGGUGUGGGAGGAGUUUCAUUUGGGUGGUGAGGCCUCCGAUUGGGUUUGACAUAAACUCCGACUUCAGAGACUCGGAGUGGUUGCCGCCAGGCUUUGUGGAGAGGCUUGGGGCAUCGGGAAAGGGUUUGGUGGUUCACGAUUGGGCGCCUCAGGUCGAGAUUCUGUCGCAUGCGGCGGUUUCCGCGUUUCUGAGUCACUGCGGGUGGAACUCGGUGCUGGAAUCGCUGAGUCAGGGGGUGCCGAUUCUGGGGUGGCCCAUGGCGGCGGAGCAGUUUUAUAACUGCAAGAUGUUGGAGGAGGAGGUUGGGGUUUGCGUGGAGGUUGCCAGAGGGAAGAGCUGUGAGGUGCGAUGUGAGGACAUUGUGGAGAAGAUUGAGUUGGUGAUGGCGGAGACUCAGGAAGGGGUGAGGAUUAGGGAGAAAGCUUCUGAGAUAAGAGAUGUUAUAAGGAAUGCUGUCAAGAAUGAAGAUGGGGUUAAAGGGUCUUCUGUUAGGGCUUUGGAUGAGGUUUUAUCUGCUGCUAUGUCCUGAAAAACUCUGUUUUUCAUUUUGUAGCCAUUGAGUGUUGGUCACGUGUGUGUGGUUGUGUUGUAUAGAUCGGUUGAACAUUCAGAACUGGAGUUUUACUCAGCUUGUGACCAUUAUUAAUAAAUCCUUUGGCUUCUGCAUGCAACAAAGCUGCAAAUGUUUUUGUCGCUACUCCAUGUGUUUGUCUGUGGUAUUCUAAUCGCAACAAGUGCCAACAUAGUUAUGUUCA